CGCAGUCACCAUGCCAUGAUCCUUUCAUCUCCUUAAACUUUUCCGCGAUUAUAAUGUACUGUACACCCUAGAAGCCUCUCAGCACUCCGUACUAAUGGCUCCAAUGGAACGUUGACUGGCCUCAAAAGGCUUAAACAAACCCCCACGCUCCAGACUCGUCAAGCGACUCUUAGACCCUGAAUCGUAGUCUCGUCGACCCCGGAUUUUCUGCAUGAAUAACCCCAAGAAGCGACUCCCGUGAGCACUUCCCCUCAUAGCAAGAUGCAUACGAGCGGAGUCUUUAUUCGAGCCUACCAAUCUUUGAGCUGCCCGAUUCUCUGACCGGUUCAAUCGUCCUCUCGGAGUUGAUGGAUUGUAUCAUUUGACUUAUUAUGGCCCCGCCAUGAAGUAACGAGAAGUUAUGAGUGAUCAAGUUGCAGGUUCGUAACUGGAGAGUCCUUUGAGCCGCCAUAUAUGGGUUUGUGUUGAAGAACAUCAAUACCCAGGAGAUGAUAUAAAAGCCAAGUCUCCUCCGACUUGAUAUCCAAAUAAGAGCUUACACUAUCGCCCAUUACACUGAUAAAUCCUAUUGAAUACCUUUACCAUUGAUCCCAACCAAACUUCAGACAAUCCCUACAGUAUCAAGCUAUAUCAUGCCUCCUCAUAGUGACGCUCCCUCACCAGCAGGGUCCUUCAGCUCCCAGCUAUACAACCACAGCCAAUGGCACUCAAGCAAUGGAAAUAACAACUUCAUAUCUGAUUCUUCAUCAAGCGCUUCUGCAGACAAUCGCUUGGAUGACGUGCAGCAUAUAAAACGCCCUCUAACACCUGGCGUCUAUGUUCCAACCAUGUGCUUCUUCGAUCCAGAUACAGAAGACGUCGACACCGCUGCAAUUGCCGCUCAUGCUGUGCGACUCGCUCAGGCUGGUGUAACAGGCCUUGCGACGCAGGGUUCCAACGGAGAGGCCGUUCAUCUCUCCCACUCGGAGCGGCAGCUGGUCACCGCCACUACAAGAGCCGCCCUGAAUGACGGCGGCUUCUCGCAUGUGCCCGUGAUCGUGGGAUGUGGAAGCCAGAGCACGCGCGAGACCGUACAAUACUGCCAUGAGGCUUGGGAGGCUGGCGGUGACUAUGCGCUCGUCCUACCCCCGUCCUACUAUGCCACGUUAUUUGCCCCGGCCUCGGAAACCAUCCUGGAGUAUUUCACAAGAGUCGCAGACAAGUCUCCCAUACCGAUCAUAAUCUACAACUUUCCUGGUGCUGUGGGGGGCAUGGAUAUGUCAUCGGACAUGAUCAUCACUCUUGCACGACAUCCAAAUAUUGUAGGCGUGAAGUUGACAUGCGGCAACACGGGAAAACUGAACAGGGUAGCCGCGGCAACCCGCAAGCCUUCAAAAUACAACCCAAAGGAGCCCGACUUCCUAGUCCUCGCAGGUUCCGCCGACUUUCUGAUCCCUUCUCUGGCCGGAGGUGGUCACGGCAUCCUGGCAGGCUUGGCCAACAUUGCCCCGAGGGCAUGCAUCAAGACCAUGGAACUCUAUCUUCAAGGCAAUGUUUCCGAAGCACAAAAGAUGCAGGAAGUGGUCUCACAAGGCGACUGGACGGCGAUCCAGGGCGGCGUGGUUGGUGUCAAGGCUGGACUACAGGCUUGGAUGGGUUACGGAGGCUUUGCACGAAGUCCACUGCCGAGGCCAGACACAGAGCAAACGAAGCGGUGGAGGGAAGGUUUUCGGGACCUUGUGAUGCUGGAGAGAUCACUCUAAGCCCGAGUGUACUGUAAGUCUGAGACGGUGAUCAUGAAGGACCGGCCACGAGUGUCACACCAAAGCAAAAGAAGUGGAGGAUAUCUUACAACUUGGCAUGGAUGAGGGAGCUCUGAUAGCACGAUACACUUUGUAUCGUGUCGUAUUCUUUCCAUAAGUGGAUCGGAGUAAGCAGCAAGAGUAUCCUAUGAUGCCUUCACACAGAGUUAAGAGUGUAUAUCCCGGGACCUGCAUGAGUCGGAAGCUGGAGGGGGCGUGGUCAGCAUCGUAUUGAGGCGAUGGGUGGUUCACAAGGCGUGGCAUUGUGCAAUGACUGCUUUUAGCGUUGCGCCAUAAAAGUGAUACUGUAUCUAUACAUAUUUGCCCUAUUCAAUGAGACAUUUUGUGGACAAGAGGCAUUGUAUUGUGUCUGUGAGCAUGGCUGACGCGCAAUACUGUCUUGGAUCUAUCCUCCGUAGUUGUUAGUUCUUCGAUGGUGUUUUUUUUUUGGUUCAGUGUAACAUAUCUAGGUAUCUUACAAGGGUCAACCCUUAAUUGCCAAGCCGAUCUACAGGAACCCAGAAAGACUCCUUUUGGCAGAUGGCAUGACAAUCACAUCGUGUUUCAGUCCCAGAUUGGAAAUCGACAAUGCUAAGAUGCCAUGACAAAGCACGGUCGACAUGUAACCGGACCGUUGAAGUGAUCAGCAAAUAAAUCGGAGCAGCAGAGUUUUC